AUGGACGUUGGACUCUCGGGCUUUACAGCUGUCAAUGUUGGAUCUAAUUAUGAAGAACCCGAGGAUCUGCACGAAUACUUCUCUCUGCAAGCUCCACCGAACAGCAACAUACAACGAAAGCCAGCAGCAUUAGAUGAUACGACAGCACCAAUGAUGUUGAAACGCUUGAACCAUUCCUUUCUGCUGGCUGAGGUCACUGUCUCGGCAGACUUCGCCAUGGAUCAUGACCAAGCUGGACUAGUCAUUUUCGCCGGCGCAUUGCCGAGCCCAUCUAUAGCACAGUCGCCAGUCGCGCGAAGAAGAUCACGAGUCGGGAGCGAGACACUCGCGACAGGGAAAUGGGCCAAGGCAGGACUAGAGUUCGCCAGAGGAGAACUCCACGCAGCUUCGUCGGUCGCAAUAUCAACGUGUGGUGCCGACUGGUGUUCUUCAGCACGUAUGCCCUCACCAUUGACCACUUUCGACCCAUUUUCAUUAUUUGAACGAGUGGAGGAAUCUCUGUGGAUCUCGUACGAAAUCCCGACCUACAACCAGUCACAAUCAGACUAUUAUCAGGAUGCAGAAGUCCUAGGCUCGCGAUGGAAGCAGAUGCGGGAGAUCAUGGGUUUCUUCGGUGGUGUCGAGCAAAAAGGUAAUACUUGGGUGGGAUGUUAUGCCAGCCGACCCAUGGACUUUCAACCGAGCAACAGUUGGGAAGAAGUGGAUGAAUUGAUAGCCGAGUUUGAAGAUCUGGACAUCUUAUGAAGUCCUUGAUCAGGUUUAAUACGUGGAACGGCGUUACGCGGGGAAAAUGGCGGCCGUGGUCUUCUCGGAGCAGAGAAAGCAGGCUUUCGCUGGCGAUACCUGGUAGUGGUGUAGACGCUGUUUAGGUGUUGAGCAGAUACCACCGAGUCCCAUGAGGAGUAAACCUGCAUUGGAAGAUUUGACGCUACAUUCAUAUAUUGACAUCGUAAAGCAUAAGUCUCAUCGUUCGUUAGCAUGUUCGAUGCUUAGUAUUGAGCGUCAUCAUAACAACGGUCGCAUGGAACUGGCGCAUUUGUUCAGACCACUUCAUCCACGACAUGGCACGAACAUGUCCCCUUGACCAUCUGACAUUGGCGGCAGUGGACAAACCAGACAACUGAAAGCAUACUCUGGGCCCCUCUGA